AUGGUGAGGUAUGUGUUGAGGGUUUUUGUGUCGGCGAAGCACAUGACGGCGAAGGUGGUGGAAGGGAACAAUGGGAGGGAUGUGGCGAGUGCGUCGACCGUGGAGCACGCGCUGAGAAGCGCGUUCGAGUGGGGGAAGGGGUGUGACACGAGGGCAGCGGCGUCCGUCGGGGAGGUUUUGGCUAUGCGACUGAAGACGGAGGCGCCGGAGGUGGGAAUGGGAGGUGGGGUCCACUUUGACGUCGAGAGGGAGAUCGAGAAGAAGAGUGUGGACAACGGAGAUAAAGUGUGGACCGUGGUUAAGGCUUUGAGGAAAAGAGGCGUCAAGGUUUUUGUCGCCGAUGAUCGCAGUUAA